CACCGGGAAGUUUUCUAAUCGGACAGAUUUACUGUUUCUAUGGUAACCAGUGAAGCCGGAGUACAAGAAGGGAAACGAACAUUUUGUAAAAGAAAGAUAUCAGAAGCUACAUUCAGUUCAUUAUAUUUGAGACUCGACAGGGAUUCUGUUUGCAAAUCAAAGACAGACCAUGGCAGCCGGUCUGCCCCAGCAGGGCAUGCUGGACCAGGUGAAUCAGCUGUGGUCCAUGCUGGACGAUAUGUCCCAGACAAACCCGGAGAGCUACCAGAAAUUCAUCAAGCGCCACCUACAGGAAGGUUUGGAGCAGUGCGCCCCACCUGAGCCUCACACCUGUGUGGAGACGAGAAUACUGGACCCAGAGGAGGAUGUGCUGUAUAUUAAUCUGUGUGGCUGGAGCCGGGUUCCUGCCCCUGAGUCUGACUCAGCGCCUGUCCCCCUGAGUGCUGGCAAGCUGGAGAAAUUGAAUGAAGGCAACGAGGUGUACAAGCUGGUGGAUGUUGCGUAUAACCCCAGGGUCCUGAAGCGUGGGGAGGAAGAUGGCAUUGAGAUGGACCAGCUGAUACGGCUGGCCAUGAAGUACAUUGAGCAGCAGUACGAAGUGCGCCUGACUCGUUCCUACGAGCUCGCCAGCUACAAACUGAAAGGAAGUGCCACUAGAAUGAAGCGGAGUCUGUCUGGACCAGCCAAACCGAAUCCCCAAACUCCAGAGUCGGGAGGCUCGCUUCUUCAGCAGAUCAGGUGUCUUCGUGUGGAAGGAGAGGCGGAGAGCAGCCCUUCUAUCGAGCUCUUCACUGAGAAGGGGAGCAGGCCCAGGAAAGCUGGCUUCAUCGAGGUGCUGUCCAGCACGGAGCUAGAGCCUACUCCUGUCCAAACCCCAAGCUACCAUCUCUCAGUUAGCAAGGAUGAGAACGGGAGAGCUACGACAAUCCAGCUGAAUGUCCACCUGCCAGAAGUGAGCUCAGUUUCAGAAUGCGAUCUCGCUAUUUCACAGGAUGAUGUCCUCAUUGAAGUCCAGGACAGGUACCGCCUCCAUUUGAACCUGCCAGAGUCCGUCGAUGAGGAAUCAGUCAAUGCAAAAUUUAACAGAAGUCGUUGCGUGUUGUUUGUGACAAUGCCCGUCUUAUAAAAUGUGAAUUCUCCACUGCGUUCAGGACCACUAGGAUAUUUCUUUAGACUUUCUUCACCACGGAUCCCAACAUGCUAAAACAUCUAGCCGUCUAUCCAAACCUGAAUUUCUUAGCCCUUGAAUGAAUAAAGCAAGGUUCAAGAACACACGA